CCGAUUAUUCACUGCGGGAGAAAGGGAAGGCAAAUAUUGAAAAGAUUUUGUUUUAAAAAGUAGGUUUAAUAAUUAUCAACGGAGACAGAGAUGUCAACCCUGACUUUUAAAAACAAGCUUGUUACGUUGCUGUGUUGCAAGUUCUGUGAUAAUAUUUUGUGUGCUCGAGGCAUGAAGGCAGUCCUGCUCGCUGACACAGACGUGGAACUUUACUCGACUGAUAUUCCCCCGACAAGGGCCGUGGACUUUGUUGGAAAUUGCUACUCCACAGAAAGCUGCAAGUGUAAAAUAAAGGAUAUUGCAUGUUUAAAAUGUGGCAAUGCUGUUGGCUACCAUGUGGUUGUCCCAUGCAAACCUUGUUUGCUUUCCUGUAACAAUGGACAUUUCUGGAUGUUUCACAGCCAGGUGAUCUAUGCUGUCAACAGACUGGAUUCCUCCGGUGUUGAUUUUCUUCUGUGGGGGAACUUACCAGAUACAGAGGAUGAAGAGGAUGAAUCUGAUCUAUCUGAAGAGGAAUGUAUCAGAUAAUGGAACUGAGUAAUCAAGAUAUUUCAAGUUUGGUGCUUUGCUAAUGUUUUGUUUAAAGUACUUUGACAUUAUUUCAAAGAUCCUAAGUGCUUUGAGUCAACUGUGGUGGUUAACUGCAGUUUAUGGACCAGAGCCAGCUUGUUUGAAAUUCUUUUAACCAGGGAAGGAUGUGAAUGUGCAUAUCCUGAUGAAUAACAAGUGUGGACCAAUAUUAUGAGGUAAGCUGUAGCAAAUUUUGGACCUUUGCAAGUUUUUAAACAUUUGUCAGGAAUGCUGGCAUAGAAUUUUGCUUUUGAUUGAAGGUUAGCAUUGGUUGGACCUACUAUUGGACAGGCUUUGCACAGAUAAUAUCAGAUUUUACAGGAACAUGAACAACAAGUGAAGAAGUUGUUUUGCCCCUCAUGGUUGCUGGGAUCGGGAAUUACUCUGCUGCAUCUCCAAUUUUUUUUUCUUCAGUGAUUUUUUUUCAAUCUCAUGUGAUGGCUGUUUUUUUGCACUCUAAAGAAGUCUGAGAUGGAGAAGUUAUUUUGAUCAGGAUGCCAAAGAGGGAUUUAUUUAUUUUGAGAGCAAUUUCUUCAGAGAUAACUUUACCAGAUUCAUCACUGAAUUGGGUGUAUUUGUUGUCAUUAACUCAAGAACUACCACGGUGAUGAAGAAAGGACCUCAUUACGAAUAAUGGCUCUGUUACACUUCGAUACUAUUGGACAUGGUCAUUGUAUUUUCAAUUGAAUAAACAAAUGUACACAUGGAAUGACGGAUUUAUGGCUAAAUAAUACAUGUGGACAAAUUGAAAUGAAGCAUAAUCUUCUCCAUCCUCAUUCUGGAUCACUACCUAAGUUGAUUGGUCUGCUUCAGGUGCUUGUACUGUGAUUUCUGGCUUUUAAAGCCAAUUUAGGCAUUAUGUCCAGUAAUGAGAAAUACAUACAAAAUACUGUAAAUACUCAGCAGACAAGGCAACAUCUGUAGAGAGAGAAAAACAGAAUUGAUGUUUCCUUGCAUCAGAUGUCCAGUAAUCUAUUUUAGAAUAGAAUUGAAAUUGCUGACCAACUGUGGAAGGGCUAUUGGGAAACCAUUAAUGCACUGGAGAUGCAAUAGAAAGCUACUUUCUAUUUACCAAAGAUGAGCUCUGUUCUGAAUUUUCAGACAUCACACUUUUAUGCAGUUACUAGAUUUUGUUUUCAGCUGUUGCAAAUAGUACUUUAACUUCAUUGGGGUGAUUGCUGACAAUGUUGAAUGAAGGAAGAGUCAGUUACACAUGCUGUAUUUCAUUUCAUCAUUUUACCAAAAAAUGUACGAAUGAUAUUGUGCACAUGCACAUGACACAAAUAUAAAUAUUGAGAUUAUAAGCCAAAUGACAGAGUCAUUUACUAUUUUUAUUUAUUAAUCUGUAAUGUAGUUAGCCACAUAUGGCUCACACUCAAUGUAUCGGAUAGUAUUAAUGGCAACAAUGCUAAUGAAUCUCUCUGAACUAGAAAGAGAAUUAACUGGAAAGUUUUCUGAAAAGUAUGUUUCUUUAGCUUUAUUUGCACAACAGAAGUGUGUGCGCCUUAAGGACAUGGUUUAUGGCUCAAUAGUCACUCAACACUCUGUCCCCAGACUCACAGUGAAGAAAUGAUCAUUAGUCCAAAAUAUGUGUGCCUGGUCCUUGUGGAGUUGUCUUCCACUAAGAGCUAAAUUAUUUCAUUUGCUGUACAAAUGAAUGAUAUUUUUAUGUAAAAUUCAAUAUACUUAUGCUACAACCAUGGGAAAGGAAUUUUUGAUUUGUUUAAAACUGUAAAAAUUACAAUCAAUUGUACAAACAGUUUUUUUUACAUGCUUUACAGUGUAUCUGAAUAGUUUUGCUGUCAAAUCAAUUUUCUUUAGUUCUUGCUUUGCUUCACAAUUUACCUAAAGAAAUGUGUUCAAGCUCCCCAUCCAUGAGGAAACAGGACACAAAUCCUUGGGUUUUGCAGUGUAAAGUGGAUUUGGCUAACUUCAGCUCUUUGGAGGAUGUCUGUGCAUGUCAAACCUACUUCUGUCCUUUCAACCACAAGUGGGUCAGAGGAGCAAGCUCGUUGAAUGUUCACAAAACACAAAGUGCCUUUUAGCUUCUUACUUUUGGAAAAUUUGUUAAUAAUUAAAAACUGAAUGCUUUUCAUUGAUAGCCAUUUAAUAGGCCAAGAAAAGUUGCAUAAAGAUAAUCUGCAAACAACGGGGACCAGAGUUCCAGGCUUGAUUCCCUGAUUUGUGCUAAAUUAGCUCAUUUGCAGACAUAUUACUAAUGUCCAUUGCGAAAUGUUGGGAUGGAAUAUUGGCCAAGUCCCUGCUCCUGUUUGCUAGUUUGCAAGCGUAUGUAAAUAGCAUACAAGUACACUGAGUUCCCAUAUAUCCCUCCCGGCUCUCAUGGUAAACAACCUGCCUGGGCAUACUCAUUAAUGGUGACAGAAUGAUUUACUGUGGAUUUGGAAUGAAACCUAGUUUACCUGAUGCCUCUGUAAGAAAGGAAGGGAAAAUAGUACAGUGAAGAAACACCUCUUAAUUCAGAAAUUAGUAUUGCCAAAUAUUUUAUUCCUCACUUCUACAAAACAAAUAUUAUAGUGUUAUAAUUUGCUCAUAAGGGACGCAGCUCUGAAAGGGAUUGUAAUGCACCGAUGAAUUACAUCCAGUAGCAUACUGUCUGUUUUCUUUUAUUAGCCUUUUCUAAUACAUGUUAUCUUUGGCUUGGAUUUUUGGAUUGUAUUGGAGUAAAGGUUAAAACAAGUGUAUUAUGAAUCUGUCAAGUGAGUGAAUUGGAAGUGGAACUGGUAUAAUAUAGUGUGAAUCCAUUGAAAGAGUUUGGUGCUGUGAUAUUUAUUUAUUUGGUGUGAAUAUGUAUGUGAUUUUAUAUUCUAGUUAGCUGGUGUAUUCAAAACCAAUGUCCUGGGAAGCACUGGCUUAUUGUGACAUA